GCGAAACAUUGAGUGACAGCUGUCCAAUGGAGACCCUCAGUGCUAGUACGGCUUGCAGCUUAAGCGCCGCCGCGGUCUGAGGAAUGUCAACUAUUCAACAUGGAGGCGGAGGUCGAUAAGCUCGAACUGAUGUUCCAGAAAACUGACUCUGAUCUGGAUUACAUUCAGUAUAGACUGGAAUACGAACUCAAGACAAAUCAUCCCAAUUCAGCAGGCCAGAAAAAUCCAGUUACAGUCUUAAAGGAUUUGUCUGCGAUAAAAUCUCGCUAUCAAACUUUAUAUGCACGUUUUAAACCAGUUGCUGUUGAGCAGAAAGAGACUAAGAGCCACAUUUAUGCUACUUUGAAUAAGACUAUGACCAUGAUACAAGAACUACAAAAGCAAACAGACCUGGAGCUGUCACCACUGACUGAAGAGGAGAAAACUGUGAUAGAGCAAUUAAAAUCUCACAUAACAGACUUAUGAAGAAAUGUACUUGCAAAAGGAAACUAAUGAAGAGAUCUGUUCCAGAGAAAUUUAGGACAAUGUCUUGUUAACACUUGAUUAUUAGAGGUGGGGGACUGGUAAAGGAGAAGGAGGUUUGGCUUGAGUGACAGGGUAUGAUGCCUUUAAUCUGAGUGGAAAUUAUAAGAGCAGAUAUUAUUUGUAUAAAAUUUAGCUGAAAAAAAUAAAAGGAAUGGGAAUGUAGGGAUUUAAAUAUAUAUUUACAUAUAUACCCUUAGUUUUAACUAAGGAAGUCCCUUAAUAUUAUUUUGGACCUGUUUUCUUUUUGUGUAGUUGAGAUAAUGUAGAUAUUCUGUCUUGUCAUAAAAUAAUGUUUAUGUAUAUUUCAGGAGUCAAUGUGUAAAUGAGUAUGAUUUAGAAAGUAAAGAACAAGCAACAUUUAAAAAAUUUAUUUGCAUAAAACUUUCAUUUUUUGCAAUGUUGA